AUGACGGCCGGGUGCCGAGCUGCUGAAACGGGUCGCUGAAGGGUAACGAAAAGCACAGUAUUCAGGUUGCUUCUCAUCAGGAAGAUGGUGAACCUACACUACAAGACAUGGCUCUACUUAUUGAACAAGUCACUGGUGUUCCCGUUCCUUUUCAGAAACUGAUAUACAAAGGAAAGUCUCUGAAAGAAAUGGAACAACCUUUGUCAGCACUUGGUGUUAAAAACGGUUGCAAAGUCAUGUUGAUUGGGAAAAGGAAUAGUCCAGAGGAAGAGGCUGAAUUAAAGAAGUUAAAAGAUUUGGAGAAGUCAGUGGAGCAAAUAGCUAAUAAGUUAGAGGAAGUUAAUAAAGAGUUCACAAGUAUCCAGAAGGGUUUUUUAGCAAAGGAUCUCCAGGCAGAAGCUCUGAAAAAGCUGGACAAGAGGAUAAAAGGAACUGCAGAGCAGUUCAUGAAGGUCCUGGAACAGAUAGAUGCCAUUCUCUUGCCCCUGUAUUUCUCCAAAAGGCUACUUGGCAGCAUCUAUUUCUAAAUGGUGACAUUAAUGCCUGUGUAUGCAUCCCCAUUCUACAGAAGAGCUUCAUAUUGGGCAACAGCCUGUUAAGACUACAUGAAAUGGGUAUCCUUUACUCAAGUUUUACCCUUGUAGUUUGUCUUGACAAAACCUGUUACGUUAAACUUUAUGGUAACAGUGAAGGUCUUGAGGGGACGGCAUAAAAAAAAAAGCAGAAGCACUUUUUCUUUAUUGCUUAAGAACAAGGAGAAUUUUCCUGAAUUCCUGAAGAAUUUUCUGGUCAGUCCUAUGUGGACUGACAGUACUUUUAUUCAAGAUGUCUGCAUACUGAGGACUGGGUUCUUUAUCUGAAAUGUUCUGGAGUUUAUCCAAGCACUUCACAGACAUUAAUGGAUCAUAACCGUGCAAUAUCCUUCUAGAGUAUAAUAUGUAUCUCUCUGUGUAAUGUGGGAACUGAGAGCUAGGUGAGAAUAAGGGACUUGCCCUAGAUGGUGACUACUAGGGUGUUUUGUUAUUCAGUUUCUGCGUCUGUUGGGUCAUUCUCUUUCACUUCGUUGUCUAAUUCUGUUGCGUAUCGUGAUCAUAAAUUCCUAUUCUGAAGGAACACCAUGCUGCUUUUCUGUGGUAGUGAUGUAUUUGAGUUGACUCCUUUUGCCCAAUGACCCUUUAUGGGUUUAUUUCAGCAAGUUUUUAUACAAAUAUCUACAGUCUGUGAAACAAAUGGAUUUUAAUCGAUUGGUAUUUUGAAAAAGUUGAGCAGCCAGCUAUGUCAAAGAGUAAUUUUUUGAAUUGGCCCGCAUUGUAUGGUUUGUGUUGUUGGGAGUGGCGGGGAGCUUGCUAACUUAUUUCUUCCUUUCAUACCCUGCAACUUUAAUGGUAAGUUAGACUUUGCUGUUUGCUGCCAGGAGUUUAGCUUUAUGCUUGUUACAGCUGACAGUUCUAAGUAUGUUUUAAUUUUUCUUGUAUGUUAUAGUUAAAAGAAAAAAGUAGUUCAGUAUUUUGAGAUCUUCAACUUUCAAUAGUCUUCAUCAGUUCUUGAAUGCGAUCAGACAUACAGACUUAAUACAACUGAUUCCUUGUUUGAAGUGGCAGAUUUUCUAUGUGUUACCGUGGAAAAUAGCAAUGAGGUGACAACUGACUUAUUUGGGUGGGAUCAAAGCUUAUUUCUGGUACCAUGUCCUAUUUAGAAAAAGGUAGUGUUUGUAUGCUGAUUUACAGCUCUGGAACCUAGUCAGCAGCCUUGAAAGCCCCUCUUCAUUGCUUCCUCAUUAAUCCAAGCUCAGUUUACCAAGUUUUCUUUUGAUUCUGGUACUUCUUGCAUGAUUUAAACAUCCCCUUAUCCAAGAUGGCCUAGAUAGUAUGCGACAUGGACUUCUAGGUUUAGUAAAAGAUUUUAGGAAGUUUAUAAGCUGGUGACUUCUUGUUUCAAUUCAGCAAAUUGCCUCACUUUUGUGGGAGUGGAGCAGUCAGAGCUAAAAAUAAUCAUGAUUAAUAUCUUUUAAUGUUGGCAAUAGUUGUCUUUUACCUCACUGUAGAAGAACCUAGAAGCUGACAUUGACCAGCAUCGUAUUUUUAAGGGUGUAAUGAAAAUUAGGGCUUCUUGUAGCAGUGGAUGAAGGUACGUUUUUUAGGACUAACCUCCGUAUUUGUUUUUCUUAGUGUUCUAAUAAGGCUCUGUUUUUUUAUCAUGAAAACUGAAUUUGGCUGUCUUCUGGGAAAUCUUACAGAUAAGAUAUGGAAUCUUUACAUAAAACUUAGCCCUUUAUUGUACUGUUAUUACACCAGAUCAGAUGAAGAGGCUCCACUUUAUGAAGGUAUUACUUAAAUGUACUGCCAUUGUAGCAACACAGAACAGUAUUGAGGAAUGUGUUUGAGCAAUAAAGAGGUGCCACUGAAGUAAGAAAUUGGAUGGAAAAAAUGGUAAAUAGAAAAAGCAAAAUUGUAAAGCAGAAAAGUGAAAAGCUUCCAGAAAGCGAUUUCUCUGUGUAUCUGAAAUGUUUUAUACACUCCUUAAUAGUCCUUGUGUUACCCUAGUAAAAAGGAAGGCUUGAAAAAUCUCUUGAAUGUCAUUGAUUAUUUAAAUGUGCUACUGAUUGAAUCAGCAGCAUAUUCAAGAAAAAGUAAUUGAGCUAUUUUCUGCCAAGAUGGAAGAGUGAAUGUAUUGUAGAAAGGAAACGUACUAACAAUUUCGCAUCAUAAAUAUUCCAGUUUGUUUCUUUGGCAGAAUUGUUGUGAAAACACUUUAAAAUGUCUUGGGCGUUAUACAUUGUUUGGAUCAACUAAGAACAGCGAGCUUGAUGCCAAAUCAGGUUUGUGUGGUAUUAAGAUAGCUAACAGGUGAAGACCACAUACUAUUUUCUGUCUGUUCUAGGAGUGGUUCCAUCGUAACUGUGAGCAGACAUAUCAUUAAUUAAAGGAGCUGAAUUUGGAACUAAUAAUCCUUUUUGUUAGACUCCAUGUGUUCAAGAGCUAUAGCUUUAAAAAAGUGAGUCAGGAAGUGGCAGUAGUAGUUCAAUAGUCCUACAAUAUUGGAGUGGAGGAGGAAAGAUAUGAUGUUGUCACUGCAAAAAGUGCAAAAGCAAAGUCUCGAAGGGAGGUCUCUGGGAUGAGUACCUGCAACUUAAGCAUUUUAAUGUUAAACAUUUGGUUAAAAAUAGCUACUACUUCUACGGGGCGGGGGGUGGAAUCUUAUAAGCAUCUAACAAAUUUUUAAAUAUUGUGCAACAGUCUAGCCUUUGCACAAGCCACAAAUCAUUGAAUAUUUUUCAGGAAGAAUACAAAUUAGUUUUGCUCAGCAGUUGAGGAUUUAUCUCUGUGCAUCAUCAGAAAUGUGUUUAUUUCAGCAAUUAAAACACUUGGUCCAGGAGUAAAAGUCAAAGCAUACUACUUACUACAAAUCUCAGGAAGCAGAAAAUGCCUGACUUGAUUAGCUGGCACGGUUUUUUAGACCAAUUACCGUGACAAAGGAAAGACAGGAAAACUUUCCUAAGAUCAGUAGGAAAAUUUAAACUCACAAGCCUGAUACUGUGCCCUUCUUGUCAGCCUACUCAGCCGAACAUUACACAGCCUUACUUGAAGUCUGUCUUUGAUUUUGCAACCUGAGAGAUCGCUUUGUUCUCAAGAUGGUUUCUUACUAAAUUUCUUGAAAUAAAGUCACAGGCUUUUUUGUUUACGGACGUUAACUGCAAAAUCCCCUGUCAAAUUGGACAUAUUGGUAUUGAUAACAUAACGAAUUUUGUGGCCAUCAGGAUAUAAAUGUGAGUAAUCUUUCUUGAGGAUUUUGUUGUUGUUGUUGUUAUAAUUCUUCUAUAAAAGUUAAUCGAAUUACUGUACCGAAAUAAUUAUGUUGAGAAGCUUUUUUAUUUUCAUCUUGUCCUUGCUGUUCUUGUCAUCUGGUAAACCAAUGCUUAAUUAACAUUCCAAGGAUUAGAGAAGAAAUUAUUCUGCAAAUAGUGUUAUUGUGCCUUUAACAAACACUUCCCAAGCUUCUAUGAAGUUUUACCAUUUACCAUUGGAGUGAUGUGAGCUUACUUCUGAAUCUUUGAUUUUAUUUGGAUCAUUAAACAUUUGAUAGGCAUUACUUAUCUUAAUUUUAAAAUGUCUUAAUAUGGAUCAUAAGCGUAAAGUCAAAGGGGAAUAUUUUUCUAAAGCACAAGGCGCAUGAAAGUGCCAUCAUCCCUCAGUGAGAGUAGAGCACCUAAUUACCUCUUAUGCAUUCAGAAAACCUGUUGACAAAUGCAGCCUUUUAAAAGCUGCUUUUAAUGAAGCUGCUCGAAUGUCUACUUAGAUGAGAAGGUUUUGGUGUCAACAUAAUAUGCUUACCCAAUUAACCAAUUUAAUAAAUAAAUAGUGAAGGAGUGGGACUCAGUAAAAAUUACGCACUAAAAUACCGUACAUUGUGUUAAGGUUUUUUAAGAUACUGUAAUGUAAAAAGCAAAAAACCUUCUUGCUAAAUGGACAAUGGUGUCAGCAAAAAUUCCUGUAAGUCAUUAGGAUUGGUGCUGUGUGUGGUAGAAUGAUUUUUUGUUGUUGUUUUUUGUUUUAAUCAGCCGGAUAGCUAGAAACCUUUCAGAUUUCUGAUAUUGUUGCUAUUGACUGCUAGUGUGGGGGACACUUUUUUUUAAAAAGCUAUCCCUUUGGUUCAUAAAUGAUAAAUUUGACUAGCAUUUAUUUUGUGUAUUUGCUCAUUACAGUGCUAUAAACUGGAUCUUAUCUUCUGGGGCCUCUGACUGGGGAAGUAUGAAAUAGCUAAAUAGGAGAGCAAAGAUGGGGUGGUAACACUAAGCUUAAAAAUCAUUAUUGUAAGUGCUCCUGUAGCAGAGGAAGCAUGAGCAAAGCUGAAAGGUGAUGUUCCACAGCAAAGGGACGUUGUUUUAUUGGGAGAUGGGAAAGGAAUGAAGAGAGAGUCUGUUUUUUGUAAGAAGCAGUGUUCAGGAAAGAGGACACCUGGGUUUAUAGUUAAAAGGACACUCAAGAAUAGAGAGGAUGCAGAGGCAAGAAAACACACCCACAUGAAUUCCGUAUUGUAAAGGGUGAUUUUUUUUUUUUUUUAACAAUCUGUUGCGAAGCGUGAGUAUCGCGCAUACAACACCUGAAUUUUUGAAGGUAUAACUUGUAAAGUCAAUGUAUCCACAUGGUUAGAACCCUCAAAGAGGUGUGGUUAAGCAGCUCUGAAUUUGGGAUAUGAGGUGGGAGAUAGCCAGUGGUAAUAGGGGGACUCAGGUUGUUUCUGUUGGAGGGGAAAAAACUGAUAACCUGUGUUAGCGAAAAAAACAACCAAACAAAAGCUGUGGAAGAAGUAGGAGUUCUACCGAAGUUGCUGGGUAAAGCCAGCACUGCAGUCAGCGCUCAAAAGUUUAAGAGCUUCUACGCAAAGCUUGAACAGCUUAUACUGUGAGGCUUGAACAGGGUUUUGUCACAGAGAAAGUAGAAUGCAAAUAAGAGACUUGCUAUAUGAAUGACAAUACGCUGUGCAGUGGAAAGCCGUCUACUAACCCAAACGAUCGCUCUGCAAGAAAUGCUCCAAGAUAUACAUUUAGCAAGAGCUUUGCAUAAGCACUGCCUAGGUUAAGUUACUUUUUAAAAAAUAUAUAAAUUAAACUUGAUUUUAAUUAAAUAUUGAAAUGUUAUUGUG